CAAUAGCAACAAAAAAGGGUCUGCUCCUUAGUUUCAUAUACAAUCUUUAGCAAUCUUAACAACAUGGCAAUGUUCAUCAAGAACAAGAACAUGGCCUUCUCACUGAUCUUGACGUGUUUCAUUGUGGUGUCUCCAAUGGCUAACGCUCAAAUUGGUGGGCUUCUUGGCUUGACUAAUAUCGUCAAUAUACAAGGGCUUGUCACGUGCUCUAUCAAUGGCAGCGUCUCUACCAAUGGGACUGUCAUUCCUCCUUUCGCCGGUGUACCCGUUUUGCUUCAGUGUGCUGGGCAAAAUGUUUCAACUACGACUACGGGAGCUAAUGGAGUAUUCUCGUUUCCUCCCACUACAGUACUUCCGGUCUCGCUGCUUUCCACACUCCUUGGCUCCGGUUGUAGGGUCAUUGUCACGGCCCCUCUCUCCAGAUGCAACGCCAGCCUCCCUACCAACGGACUCCUCACGGCACCGUUAAAUCUCGCAGGAACCAUCGUAACCGGCGGCAUCAACAUCUUGCAAUUCGUCAAUGGCCUCUUUAGGCUCAUCUAACUGAUUUAAAACCAAGUAUAUCCCUUCUUGGUUUGGUUACGGUGUUUUUCCUUUCUGUUGUUUUAUGUUUUGUGUCAUGGCCAUUAACAUGUAUGCUUACGUAUGCAUGAAUAUGAAAUAAGGUCUAUUAUGCGUAUGUCUCUACUUUCAAAGUAUUGUGGUUGUAACUUCUUGUCCAGGUCUUCAUUUGCAUGCAUAGUGCUGCAAUGAAAUGUAACGAAUAAAAAUAAAAUAGUUUCCCUUUUA